AUGUCCGCACAAUCGCCGUCGUCCUCACCACGACUUCCCUCACCUCCGCCCAUAGCUGAAGACCAAAUCGGGCCAAUGUCGCCUGGCGUGUCACUCUUCGAGGACCACGGCAAACUCCCGGGAGGCAGCAACCUCGACACCGGAGCAGCAAGACGUAUUAGACCAGGCACGAGGUCAGCAGACAUGGCAGAAGGACCCCCCCUGGUAGAGCUUCAAGAGAUCGAUUCGGCAUUCCAACUCACAGAGCAUCUGAAAGCUCUAUAUUACCACCACACACAUCCACCAGAGUCCAACGAAGUCAGAGCCAUCACCAAAGAGCUAGCACAACAACUCGCUGAACCACCAACCAAUACCACCGGAGCGAUAUGGUUAUACGAGCUCGGCCGCUUCCUUGUACAGAAAAGCAACGCCUUCAUCGUCGCCUUGUUCGCAGACAGCCCGCCCUGCAGCUUGCAGACAUGUCCGGAGAUGCGGGCCAGUGAGUGGCAGUACCUCUGUGCAGUCCACGAUCCUCCUAAGAGCUGUUCUGCUAUUGAUUACUGCUGCCACACCCUAGACUGGGCAGCCGGGUCGUUGACGAGCAGCAAGAUGUUUCCCUCUCGUCUGGGCUUGGGAAGUGGUGGUGCUGGCGGUACCGACAAGUUCUUGAACCAGCAGAUGAAGGAGAUCACAAACAUAUUCCGCCGCGUAUAUCGCAUCUACGCCCACGCCUGGUUUCAGCAUCGAGACAUGUUCUGGAAGAUCGAAGGCAGAACAGGACUAUACAUCUUCUUCAAGACCGUGUGCGAUCGAUACAAUCUGAUUCAACCAGAGAACUACACAAUUCCCGCAGAAGCAGAAGGUCUCGAGCCGGCAGAGUCUACCGAGCAACAAGAGACGGAAGCCAGACCUCGCCCGACUUCGAUCCUACCAAGGCCAGGCGAGCUGGGUGAAGAGAAGGGCUUCGAACAAGAGCCAGCAGGCAAUACCCAACUCUCCUCGGGAGGCACCACGAAGUAUCAUGCACGCCAGCCGAGCGAUAUGUCGGUAACCAACCCAAUCCAAGAAGAGGCCGAGGAAGAGGAUGACCAGGGUGAUGCAAAGCCCAAUCCAGAUCGAUCAUCGACAAUCCUACAUGAUUCGGAACACAAGCCUCACGAGAAAGUAGUCGAGGUGAAGGAUGAAUUGCACGCGGCGGAGUCCGAAUUCCCGGAAGAGCCACAACCGCAGUCAAGCCUGAGCCGGAGUGACACCGUCAAGCCGGAGAAGCAGGCCGUGAAAGAGGUAGAGCGGGAGCGAGAGGAAGAGGAAGCGGCGGCCGACAGCACAGUCAUCUUGCACGAUAGCACGGAGGCAACGAAGCCAAGAAGUGAUGAGCCCGAGAUCAAGGUUGAGGCCGUCGAGCCAGCCGAGUCGCCUGCAGCGAGUGAGGAGGAAGCUGGAAAGAGUGUCGAGGACUGA